CUGCCGCUGAGGUGUCCUUUCAGCGAGCGGUUCCGCAAAACGGGCUGAAACCGGCGGAAGCGGCAGAAGCGAGGCUGGCGUUGUCAGAAACAUUUCUAUUCUAUGGCGACUUACCUGGAGUUUAUUCAGCAAAAUGAAGAGCGUGAUGGGGUGCGUUUCAGCUGGAACAUAUGGCCCUCCAGCAGACUGGAGGCCACAAGAAUGGUUGUCCCACUGGCCUGUCUACUGACUCCUUUGAAAGAAAGAUUAGACCUGCCGCCUGUCCAGUAUGAGCCAGUAUUAUGCAGCAGACCAACUUGCAAAACUGUACUUAACCCACUUUGUCAAGUUGAUUACCGAGCCAAGCUUUGGGCUUGUAACUUCUGCUUUCAGCGAAACCAGUUUCCUCCAGCAUAUGCAGGGAUAUCUGAAGUGAAUCAACCAGCAGAGCUUAUGCCACAGUUUUCCACAAUUGAAUAUAUAGUCCAGCGUGGUCCUCAGACACCCCUGAUCUUUCUUUAUGUGGUGGACACAUGUUUGGAAGAGGAGGACUUGCAAGCUUUGAAGGAAUCGCUACAGAUGUCUCUGAGUUUGCUGCCUCCUGAUGCUCUUGUAGGGUUGAUAACUUUCGGCAGAAUGGUACAGGUUCAUGAACUGAGCUGUGAAGGCAUUUCCAAAAGUUAUGUUUUCAGAGGCACUAAGGAUCUAACUUCAAAACAAAUACAGGAUAUGUUGGGUCUUACAAGGCCUGCAGCACCUGUUCAACAAGGAAGACCUCAUCAGCCUCAGGAACAACCUCUUAUUUCAAGCAGAUUUUUGCAGCCCGUUCACAAAAUUGACAUGAACCUGACAGAUCUCCUAGGGCAACUGCAAAGGGACCCAUGGCCAGUAACUCAGGGAAAGCGACCCCUGCGAUCCACUGGAGUAGCUUUGUCGAUUGCUGUUGGAUUACUGGAGGGAACAUUUCCAAAUACUGGGGCCAGAAUAAUGUUGUUUACAGGAGGUCCACCAACUCAAGGGCCAGGCAUGGUGGUAGGAGAUGAGCUGAAAACUCCCAUCCGUUCCUGGCAUGAUAUAGAGAAAGACAAUGCCCGGUUUAUGAAAAAAGCUAUGAAGCAUUAUGAGACGUUGGCUAAUCGCGCAGCUGCCAAUGGACACUGCAUUGAUAUUUAUGCCUGUGCUCUUGAUCAGACUGGACUUCUGGAGAUGAAAUGUUGUGCAAAUCUUACUGGGGGUCAUAUGGCGAUGGGUGACUCCUUCAACACCUCUCUUUUCAAGCAGACUUUCCAGAGAGUGUUUAACAAAGAUCCCAGUGGAGCAUUCCAAAUGGCUUUUGGGGCCUCUUUAGAAGUGAAGACCUCUAGGGAGCUGAAGAUUGGUGGAGCAAUUGGACCGUGUGUAUCCCUAAAUGCAAAAGGGCCAUGCGUUUCUGAAAAUGAACUUGGGAUUGGUGGCACAUGCCAGUGGAAAAUUUGUAGCCUUGACCCCACCACAACUCUUGCCAUUUAUUUUGAAGUAGUAAACCAGCACAAUGCACCAAUACCUCAGGGUGGCAGAGGGGCUGUCCAAUUUGUUACACAUUAUCAGCAUUCCAGCACACAGAGGCGCAUUCGUGUGACUACAGUUGCUAGAAAUUGGGCAGAUGCGCAGAGUCAGCUGCAGCACAUAGAAGCUGCAUUUGACCAAGAAGCAGCUGCUGUCCUGAUGGCUCGACUCGGUGUCUAUAGAGCUGAAUCAGAGGAAGGGCCUGAUGUCCUACGAUGGCUGGAUAGGCAGCUAAUCAGACUUUGUCAGAAGUUUGGCCAAUACAACAAAGAUGAUCCAACUUCUUUCAGAUUGUCUGAUUCAUUCUCUUUGUAUCCCCAGUUCAUGUUCCAUUUGCGGCGAUCUCCGUUUCUUCAAGUGUUCAAUAACAGCCCAGAUGAAUCUUCCUAUUACCGCCAUAACUUUGCCAGACAGGAUCUGACUCAGUCUCUCAUCAUGAUCCAGCCUAUACUCUAUUCUUAUUCAUUCUAUGGACCACCUGAGCCUGUACUUUUGGAUAGCAGCAGCAUUCUUGCCGAUAGGAUCCUCCUGAUGGAUUCUUUUUUCCAGAUCGUUAUCUACCUUGGUGAGACUAUUGCCCAGUGGCGUAAAGCUGGCUACCAAGAUAUGCCUGAAUAUGAAAACUUCAAGCACUUACUGCAAGCUCCACUGGAUGAUGCUCAAGAAAUUCUGCAGACAAGAUUCCCAAUGCCACGUUACAUUAACACGGAGCAUGGAAGCAGUCAGGCACGGUUUCUAUUGUCUAAAGUGAAUCCUUCACAGACUCAUAAUAAUCUCUAUGCAUGGGGACAAGAAUCUGGUGCUCCAAUCCUAACAGAUGAUGUUAGUCUGCAGGUAUUCAUGGAUCAUCUGAAGAAACUGGCUGUUUCAAGUGCAUCAUAAUUUUGACCUGCUGAAGAAAUCCCAAAAAAAUCGUUGAACUAAGUGAAUCAUGCUACUGAUUACAACCUGCCAAGAAACUGAUAACAUUCCUACCCCUCUCUCCAAUCGAUUUUUCUUAUUGAUUCUAUAUAACAAAGAUGUGAGGGAGUUUUUAUUUUAGAGUUAACUUAUUUGUAUUCCUUUUGUUUGUGUUCUGCCAAUUCCACCUUUUCCUUCAUGUCAUUAUUACAAAAUGAUAAACUAUCUCACCUGUUGUCUCCUAUAACUCACCUUUUUUACUUGUACUUAAAAAUAGUAAUAACAAUAACUGAGGAAGGUAUUGAUGCUUGGUGCUGUAACUAGCUAACUUCUUAAUUGCCUGGUUUGCAUAAAUGCAGUUAAACUUUGGCAUUUGCAUGUUAAAAGGAACUGAACUGAAGUUCUAAAGAAACACCCAACAUUUCCAAAUCGGUAUUAGAUUUUUUUUCUGCUUCUAUGAGCUGUUUAGUGUAGCUGUAAAUUUCAAAUCUGGGCACAUACUCUGGAUACUGUAUAAGAGGCCAAUAGCUUCUGGGGAAAAGCCCCUGUUAUUACUUUACCUUUGAAAAUAUCUCUUACCCACAAGAGUAUUGCCUACAAUUAAGUAGGCACAGUGAAUUAGGGGCUAUAAGGGGAAGGAAGGGCUACCUGGAGCUGCUUUAUACUUGAGAAAUCAUUAAUCCAUCCAGUUUGAAACUGUCUACUAGAACUGGCAACAGCCCUCAAGCCUUGUGGUCGUGCCAUGAAGGAUGUCAGGCAUUGAAUCCUGUGUACAAUCCCUGAGCUGUGCCCCCAGAAUCAAAGGGAAUUCACCGAUGCCAUUCUAUAGUUGUGGAUGUAGUCUUUACCUUUUCUAACUGGUGGAGUGGGCUGAGGUGCUACUGAAGCCCUGGCUUGAGAGGCUGUUGAUGUUAGCUGUUGGCUAGUGAGGGAGAAAAGAGGAAGAGUUGUUUCAUUAUGAACAUUUAGCUGUUCAACCUUAUUCUCUUGAUCUUUCAGUGUGAGUAUUUCUUGAGACAAUGUGACAGCUCCUGAUAUUUUUAACCUUUUUCUAUUGUGAACCACAGUAAUAAUACUAAAUCUAUUGAAUCUCUGAUAAAUUGCUUAGUUCUUUC